GGUAUGAAACUAGCUCAAUUCACUUUGACAUAACUGAUCUACCUUUGUAAGUUACACUCUUGGGGUUAAUUGUAUGUUUCUUUUGAAUUGAUGUUGAGUUUCCAAGUUCUACGCCCUUAUUUUUGCGUAAUUCGAAGUAUUUUCCAUGGAUUUUUCGACUGAAUUUUGUUUGGGUAGGUUUAUUCUUAGAUGUAACAUUCAUAAAUCUAAAAUAUUUUGGGAAUUCAGCUGAAUUAGGUACUUAAUUCAAAUUGGGGGUUUGAUUUUACCAUGUAAUGACCUUUGAUUAGUUGAUUAUAUAGUGUGGUUGAUAAAAUUAAUCGACAAACAGUACAAGUAUGAGGGUUUUAAUUGAGAUAAUUGAGAUAAUAAUCUUAAUACAAUUUGGUAUUCUUCCUUAGUUUGUUUUAUAAAUUAAUUGGAUGACAAUGUACAAGUCAUAAUAAUAACAUUGAAUUCUUUGAGGAAUUUGCUAGUUUACCAACCUAAGCAUGCACACAAAAGGGGAAAGGGGUAAAACAACAAAAACAUACUACUUUUGGUUCACAUUUAAAGUGGGGGAGAAGUAAACAAUAUGGUGAUAUUUUAGAUGUAGUAGUGAUAUUAACUAAACAAUGAUUUGUCAAAUAUUUUCAUUGACAGCUGCCACCGGGUUUCCGAUUUAACCCGACGAAAGAAGAGUUAAUUAUGUUCUAUUUACCGAAGAAAUGUUUGGGCCAAAACAUGGGUCCGAAAUGCAUAAAUGACGUAAACAUUUAUGAUCACUCGCCUUGGGAAUUACCAUCAUUGUCAUACCUACAUUCUAAAGACCGUAUUUGGUAUUUCUUUUGCCCGAGAGUAAUGCAAGAUAAUGGUAAGACCCCUAGGAAGACUCUAAAAAACGGGUAUUGGAAAGAAACGGGCAGGGUUACCACACUUACUCAUAAGCAAUAUCAUGUUGGUGAUCUUAAAACGUUCAUCUCCCACAUAGGGGUGGCACCAAAAGGAGAACGUACUAAUUGGGUUAUGAAAGAAUUCAACUUAACCGAAUACAUGAUACAAGAAAUGUGUGUGGUAGAUAACUCAUACGUGCUUUGCAAAGUGUAUGAAAAAAGUGGUCCGGGGCCAAAAAAUGGAGCAGAAUACGGGGCUCCAUAUGACAAGAGUGAAUGGGACAACAAGUUUGAUAACCAAAACACACACAACUGUCCUAGUGUGUAUGUUAACCAAGUACAAGGAAGUGAUCCUAGCAACUCGAAUUGUGGUCAGAACAUCAAUGCUAGUGAAACCAAUGCAACAAACUUUGCAGGCAUCGAGCCUACUUUCAACAUCGAAGAACUGCUAGAGGGUUUCACAAACCAAGAACAAACCACUACGGCAGAUGUGCAAAUGGAGGAUGCAUUCACGAUUGAAGAACUAGUCCAGGGUACGCAAAACGACAACAACAACAACACCUCAAGUCUAGUUCAAAUGGAAAGUGCUAUAGAUGAUCUAAUGGGUGAUCCAAACCAAGAUGACACAACUUGGAUCGAUGCGAUGAGAGAACCUAGUUUCACGAUUCAAGAACUUUUUGGUGGUCCGGAUAUUACUCUUGAUGAAUUUCUUGAUUUGGAUUUUGGGAAACUAUGAAGAACUUCACCAAGGUAUAUAUGUCUAAAGGUACAAAAUUAACUACUAAUUGUAUUAGUUUCUCUACUAAUACUAACUAGAGUACAACUUUUGGUGUAUUGGUGGUACUUGAACAUUAUAUUGUAUUGGUGCUAGUUGAACAUUAUUUUGUAUUUUGGUGUAUUGGUGCUACACACAAGUAUGGCUUGUAGCCAAUGUAUAACUUUUUGAUCAUAUGGCUGCCUUUAGUUUGUUGGGCAAAGGUACAGGUAGAUGUAGUCUGUUGUUCUAUGGGAAAUUGGUCUUUUGGUUACACACUUCAUUUUGUGUUACACAUUUGGUGCUUAAAUAUUAGCCCAGAAAAUUUAUUAAAUUCUGGAUGAAGUUUAUUUUAUACCUACAUAUACUUUUAUUACAACAUAAAUGGAGUUGUAUUACAGAAUUAAAUAACACACUUCAAGUGUAACAAAAAUAUUUAACUUUGGAUGAAAUUAAAUUCAUAAAUGUAUAAACAUUAAUUAUAAGAUAUUUGGACUUGUAUUAUUGAUAUUAUACUAUAGAUAUACAGGUCAAAUAAAUUUUUGACAACUACAUAGCAAUGGGUUCGCCCUCAUGUCACACUGGUUACACACUUACACCUAUAAUAAAGCAUUGCUAUCACGAUAGACGCGGGUUCGAUGCUUGUAAACAGCAAAAGUACAACACUCCCCCCCCCCCCCAACCUCUUUUUUUGGAUCUGUUCCAAAACAAUUCAACGUCUUCAAAAAACAUUUAGUCUUUUUUUUUAUUAAUUCCAUACACCAAACAAAUUAAUCGAUUAUUAACCAUCUUUCAUUCCAGAAAAUAUAUGAAUUAUAUACAGAUAUACAGGUCAAAUAAAUUUUUGACAACUACAUAGCAAUGGGUUCGCCCUCUUGUCACACUGGUUACACACUUACACCUAUAAUAAAGUAUUGCUAUCACGAUAGACGCGGGUUCGAUUCUUGUAAACAGCAGAAGUUCAACCCUCCUCCCCCCCCCUCUUUUUUUUGAUGUGUUCCAAAACAAUUCAUCGUCUUCAAAAAAAUUUAGUCUUUUUUUUAUUAAUUCCAUAAAACAAACAAAUUAAUCGAUUGCUUACAAUCUUUCAUUCCAGAAAAUAUAUGAAUUAUAUACAUUUUUUUUUUAAUAACUUCGAUAUCAUCGAAAUUUCAUAAAUAACAAAAAGAAACUACAUCUGAAAGAAAUUCUAAGAACUGCAAAAACAAAAAUAGCCGCACCGAAACGAGGAUUGAAACAUAAUCAAAAACCAUAAGCAAGAACCGCAGUGCUUUUCAUUCUCAUCUGCAAACUUUCAAUGAAAAUGGUGAACAUUGGAAAUAACGAAAUUUACCACAGAAAAUAAAAAGGUAAAAGUUAAUUCAAUACUUUGAAUUUCAAAUUCAAAAUGGGGUUUCAAAAAUUUGGUGCUGAGUUGGAUGGGAGUAAGCUGACUGUGAUAUGACUAGGAUUUUAAUAGCCAACCACAG